CAGGCAUGGAUACCACUCUCUGAAUCUCCAUUUUUACGUCUCUCUCUCUCUCUCUUCCAAUCCGUCUUGUCUAAUUGAUUCAUUUAAAUGUCAUCAGACCUGUUGAUUAUCAUAAGCGGGAAUGGAGGUUGCCAUUACUCAACGUCAAUAUGAAUCACCUGUACAACCUUGUACAGAUAUGUAAAAAAGAGCCUUAAUAAAUAUUCAGCACUGUGGACACAUGUAGCACGCGAUACAAGCCUUGAAUAGAUCAUUUCUGGGACAUUCACCUUGAGCCUCAGCUGAGUUUCAUUUUUUACGUUGUGGUUGUAAACACUAACUCCCCAGUUCAAAGAACUUCCACGUCUACCCUCCUUCUGACACAUUGCCCCUCAGAGGGGAAAUGCCCGUCUUGCUCAAUGCCGACGCCUCCUUCAGCUCCAAGCAGGAGCUCCUGGACCUUCAGGACUGCCCUCUCAGUGGGGGCCCCUCUUUGGACACCCCCAGCCCCCCGGACUCCCAGACUGGCAGCCCAGUGGGCUCAGGUCCCAGAAGCCCUGGCAGCCCCGGAGCUGAUGGCCCCAUUCGGCCCCACAUUUUCACGGGGGCUUCAACACUACCGGGGAAGCAACGCGGGGUAGAAUCAAGAUCCCAUGCAGAGACUCCCUUGGGGUUAAAGCUGAUUUCCACCGACCCGGAUCAGCUUUGUGGAUGGGGGGCUCUGACGCCCAAAGCCAUCCAAGUUUUCAACACCCCUCGUUGGGUGCUGUUCUUCCUUUGUGUGGCAUCUUUCCUCCAGGGGAUGAUAAUCAACGGCUUCAUUAACACAGUGGUCACCUCCAUUGAGAGGCGUUUCGACCUGCGCAGCUACCAGGCCGGCCUCAUCGCCAGUUCCUACGAUAUCGCCGCCUGCGUUUGCCUGGCUUUCGUCAGCUACUUCGGCGGGACGGGUCACAAGCCUCGCUGGCUGGGUUGGGGGGUGCUGAUCAUGGCUGUUGGUUCUCUGGUGUUUGCCUUGCCUCACUUCACCACCCCCCCAUACCAGGUCAGUCUGACAGAGCGAACAGUUAUGUGCUCUGACAACCGUACCAGCCCUUGCCUGGACAAGGAGGGAGGGGGAUUGUCCAGCUAUCGUUUUGUGUUCAUGUUGGGCCAGUUUCUACAUGGUGUGGGCGCCACGCCUCUCUACACGUUAGGGGUCACAUACCUGGAUGAGAACGUCAAAUCCACCUAUGCGCCUGUUUAUAUUGGGAUCUUUUACACGGCAGCCAUUGUGGGUCCAGCAGCAGGCUACUUGCUGGGAGGAUACUUCCUCAACAUUUACACCGAGAUCCACCUGAAGACAGAGAUGACUCCGGAGAACCCUCUGUGGGUCGGGGCUUGGUGGAUCGGCUUCCUCGCAGGAGGAGCUGCAGCUCUGCUGGUAGCAUUCCCAAUCCUGGGCUACCCACGAGAGCUUCCGGGCUCUCAGGAGUAUGUGGCCAUGCGGGUUUCUGAAGCUCACCAGCUUAAGGAUGGAAGCCACACCACAGCCUCAGACCCUCAGUUUGGCAAAUCAGUCAAAGACAUGCCAAGGUCUGUGCUGCUCCUCUUAAAGAAUCCCACUUUCCUGUUCCUUUGCUUGGCUGGGGCUACGGAGGCAACCCUCAUCGCUGGCAUGUCCACCUUUGGUCCAAAGUUCUUGGAGUCACAGUUCAGUCUCAGUGCAUCAGAGGCUGCCACAUGGUUCGGAUACAUGGUGGUACCAGCAGGUGGUGGUGGCACCUUCCUGGGCGGCUACAUCGUAAAGAGAUUGAACCUGCGCUGUCGAGGCAUCAUUCGUUUCUGCAUGGUGUGUGCGGUGAUCAGUCUGAUCGCCAUCUUCAUCUUUCUCAUCCACUGCCCCAACGUGCCCAUGGCUGGUGUCACAGCAUCAUACCAGUACGAUCUGAUGGAGAAACACCAAGUGGACCAGUACAAAGACCUGUAUGACGAGCCCAAGCUGCGCUUUAGAAACAGCUCUUCUUUAGAGGAGAACCUGACCGUGGGCUGUAAUGCAGGCUGUGGCUGUGUCAGAGAGCUGUACAACCCGGUGUGUGGGGCAGACGGUGUGAUGUACUACUCCCCCUGCCACGCUGGCUGCAGCUCCAUCAACCACACCGAACGCUCCACAGGCAAACAGGUGUACUCUGGAUGUAGCUGCGUGGUGGGGAAUGUGUCCAGGGGCGAGGAGAGCUUCGCUGUGAGAGGAAAGUGUGGCAGCUCCUGCCACCACAUGCCAGCCUUCCUCUCCUUCCUCUUCAUAGUCAUCUCCUUCACCUUCCUCUGUAGCAUCCCAGCACUCACCGCCACGCUCAGGUGUGUGCCAGACAGCCAGAGAUCUUUUGGACUGGGUAUCCAGUGGAUUGUGGUGCGCACAUUUGGUGGUAUUCCAGGACCCAUAGCAUUUGGCACUGUGAUUGACAUCUCCUGCUUACUGUGGCAGGAUAAGUGUGGCGAGCAGGGCUCCUGCUACCUGUAUCACAACUCAGCCAUGAGCCAGUACACACUAGUAGCUGGCAUCAUCUAUAAGGUUUUGGGGAUAAUCUUCUUCUUGUUAGCCAGCAUCCUGUACCAGCCUCCUCCUGAGUCGCCUCAAAGCAGCUGUGAGAGCACCGACCACGGAGUAGGACUCAUGAGCGACCUGCCUGUCAAAGACCUGCCUGAAGACGGCGUCAUCGUCAACUUGCACGCUAGGUUAUGACGUCAGAGACCCCCCAACCACUGAAAGUGUGUGUGUGUGUGUGUGUGUGUGUGUGUGUGUGUGUGUGUGUGUGUGUGUGUGUGUG